UAAAGCUGCCCGAGCCGCCGAAAAGUGUUUCUAGGAGAGGGCUGCAAAACUCUUUCAACAACGUGACAUCAGUACACCAACGUUCAUUAAUGUAGAAACAGACACCACCUCCCUUUGAUUUUCCGGAGAGCUCCGCGCUGCGAUCUGCUCGCAUUAGCUUGAACCCGGCUAGCUCCACGGCGUGGUGGGGGGUUCGUUCGCUAAGCCACGUUUCCACAAAGCACAGCGCGGCGGAUCUGCUGAAGUCCGUGUUCCUUGAAGUGAGGAGCAGCAGUUCGUCCAUCUUGUUCGCCAGGGAGCGGACAUUCGCCAGAUGAAUUGACGUGGGAAAGUGUCUGCAAGGACCACAGCAGCAAAGUACGUGAAAGAAAAGGACCGCUGUCGUCGACGACUGGAACAUCUUUGGCUGCAGCCUUAUGUUGUGUUGCGCAGAGCAGAUAUCAGUGAAGCUAUUCGUCCUAAGCAGGAGGAGCCGGACCGCACACGCAUUAAAGAGGAAGAUGUGGGCAAGGAGGUCCACCACUUCAAUGAACAAAUGGAGCAGAAGUUUUUUUGCACUAAAAAAGAGGAGGAAGAGCCGGAGCGGCCUUGUCAGAAAGAGGACGGAGAGGACUCCUGCGACAUCAAAAAGGAGGAGGAAGAUACCUGCGAGAUGCCAUUGACUGGUGUACUUGUGAAGUGUUUAGAUGAGGCUCAACGUGAGGUGAGCAAAGGGGCGGAGCCUCCAAGCUGCAGCUCAAAUCCACAUAUGACCAGAGAAGGUGAUGGAGACCACUGUGGGGCAUCACGAGCAGCUCCACCAUCAGAUAGUGAUGACGGGUUGUCACAUGUUCCUGCUGAUGAUGAUGAUGAUGACUCUCAAAACAAACACAGGCAAUGUUCUCACUGUGGAAUUUGUUUUGCUCAUACCAGUAGUUUGAAACAACACAUGAGAAUGCACACAAGAAAGAAAAACUUUUCCUGUUCAGAUUGUGGCAAAAAGUUCUCUCAGAGGGGACAUUUAAAUAGGCACACAAGAACCCACACUGGCGAGAAACCUUUUUCAUGCUCAGUUUGUGGCCAAACGUUCUCUCAGCGGGCAGGUUUAAAUGUGCUCACAAGAAUCCACACUGGCGAGAAACCUUUUUCAUGCUCAGUUUGUGGCCAAAUGUUCUCUCAGAGGGGAAAUUUAAAUAUGCACACAAGAAUCCACACUGGCGAGAAACCUUUUUCAUGCUCAGUUUGUGGCCAAAAGUUCUCUCGGAGGGGACAUUUAAAUUCACACACAUUAACCCACACUGGCGAGAAACCUUUUUCAUGCUCAGUUUGUGGCCAAACGUUCUCUCAGCGGGCAGGUUUAAAUGUGCACACAAGAAUCCACACUGGCGAGAAACCUUUUUCAUGCUCAGUUUGUGGCCAAAUGUUCUCUCAGAGGGUACAUUUAAAUAUGCACACAAGAAUCCACACUGGCGAGAAACCUUUUUCAUGCUCAGUUUGUGGCCAAACGUUCUCUCAGCGGGCAGGUUUAAAUGUGCACACAAGAAUCCACACUGGCGAGAAACCUUUUUCAUGCUCAGUUUGUGGCCAAAUGUUCUCUCAGAGGGGAAAUUUAAAUAUGCACACAAGAAUCCACACUGGCGAGAAACCUUUUUCAUGCUCAGUUUGUGGCCAAAUGUUCUCUCAGAGGGUACAUUUAAAUAUGCACACAAGAAUCCACACUGGCGAGAAACCUUUUUCAUGCUCAGUUUGUGGCCAAAAGUUCUCUCGGAGGGGAAGUUUAAAUAUGCACACAAGAAUCCACACUGGCGAGAAACCUUUUUCAUGCUCAGUUUGUGGCCAAAAGUUCUCUCGGAGGGGACAUGUAAAUUCACACACAUUAACCCACACUGGCGAGAAACCUUUUUCGUGCUCAGUUUGUGGCCAAAAAUUCUCUGAGAGGGGAAAUUUAAAAAAGCACACAAGAAUCCACACUGGCGAGAAACCUUUUUCAUGCUCAGUUUGUGGCCAAACGUUCUCUCAGCGGGCAGGUUUAAAUGUGCACACAAGAAUCCACACUGGCGAGAAACCUUUUUCAUGCUCAGUUUGUGGCCAAAUGUUCUCUCAGAGGGGAAAUUUAAAUAUGCACACAAGAAUCCACACUGGCGAGAAACCUUUUUCAUGCUCAGUUUGUGGCCAAAUGUUCUCUCAGAGGGUACAUUUAAAUAUGCACACAAGAAUCCACACUGGCGAGAAACCUUUUUCAUGCUCAGUUUGUGGCCAAAAGUUCUCUCGGAGGGGAAGUUUAAAUAUGCACACAAGAAUCCACACUGGCGAGAAACCUUUUUCAUGCUCAGUUUGUGGCCAAAAGUUCUCUCGGAGGGGACAUGUAAAUUCACACACAUUAACCCACACUGGCGAGAAACCUUUUUCGUGCUCAGUUUGUGGCCAAAAAUUCUCUGAGAGGGGAAAUUUAAAAAAGCACGCAAGAAUCCACAUUGGCGAGAAACCUUUUUCAUGCUCAGUUUGUGGCCAAAAAUUCAGUCGUAAGCAUCACUUAAAAAAGCAUGCAAGAAUCCACACUGGCGAGAAACCUUUUUAAUGCUCAGUUCGGCCAAACAGUCUGUUAGAAUAAUUAAUUUUGCUGAAGCGCUGGUCGGCCUGGAACCGAAGGUCACAUAUCUUCGCUCAAGUCAACAUAUGUGCCGGCUAGCAUUGGGGAGUCCUUAUACUCCCUUUCCUUGUCUUAUCUUUGAGAGGCCCUAACAAGUUAGAAACAGAACAUCUUUGUUCUUUGUUUCUUGUUAGUUCAAGAGAAGUCCUCUCUCUGUUAAUUGUUUUGUCCGAGACAGUGUUUAGUUAUCCCAUAUUUACUCAAUGUUUGUUUAAGUAGACUUCAUGCAAGUUAUCUCACAUCUACUUAACGUUUGUUAGAGUGUUUGCACGAGAGGUAUCUGAUUAUCUACUUAUUAUUAUUAUUAUUGUGUGAAAUGUAGCAAGAAAGUCUAGAGCAGGGGU